AUGACUUUGUUGUGCCAAAUAUUACUGGAAAAAGCAAAAGAAGGAGUGUUUAGAUCCGGAGACUAUGUGCGAGGAACAUUAAAGUAUUCUGUGGACAAACCAACGAGGUACGAAACCAUAUACAUCAGGUUUGUGGGCCAUGGAAGUGUUAGCUGGUCAGAAUCUGAUGGAGACGACAGAAAAACCUAUAGCAACCAAGAAGAAUACGCGGAUUUAACCCAGUACAUACUUAAACCAAAUGAAGACAAUGUUCUAAAUGGUUGUUAUGAUCAUCCUUUUGAAUUUUUAAUCCCCGAUGAUAUACCGAUAUCUAAAAAGGAUGAUGUAUGCAACAUAUACUAUAAAGUCGUCGCUAUAUUUGUAAAGACAGAAGGAUUUAUUAAGACAAAGAAAUUUGACGCAGAAAUCCCAGUAUAUGGAUACGUAAACCGGUGUUCUCCAGAACCAUUAGUAUUUGGUUUACAGAAAGAACUAUUCUCCCUAACGACAACUAACAAAAUCAAUGUGAAAGCAGAAAUUGAUAAAACAUUUGUGACACCAGGUGAAAAUAUUACUCUUAAGGUGACAGUCAAUAAUAAUACAGAUUUUCCUAUUACUGUACGAACAGAACUGGUCAAACGUUUUACUUAUCGGUCAAGUGAUGACUAUACAAGAGUAGACACGAUUACUGUAAUCGGUACUGCAGCUAGUUCUCCACCAAUGAAAGUGCGGAGUGUAUCGAAUUUGACCUGUAUUGUGCCCACUUUAGCUAAUUUAUACUCAAUACAAUACUCAAAGAUAGUGGAAGGAAUUUACAAAGUGAAGGUAACUGCUAUUGUCCCUUUCCCUCAUAUAAAUGAGAGUGUGGAGAUCCCAGUGGUCAUUGGAGAAGGAAAGGAACACCUUGGAGCUACAGCGAAACAUGUGGAUGAUGCAGCUUUAUGUCCACAAACUCCAGAUGAAAGUGAUAAACAUUAG